AUGAAGUCGUAUCUGGUAUAUGGACCACACUUUAGGGAACAACAAGAUCAAAUCGCUGCGGAUGUUAGUGGAACUCGUACCAAACGGCAGACUUACAAUGAUAAAGAUUACCCUGGUAGAAGAUGGACGAAAGGAGUCAACUACUUUUUCGACAAAACUGCAAGUGAAAAGGUUAAGAGUGUAUUCAAGAAAGCGGCGCGUGAAUGGAUGGAUAAUACCUGCAUCAACUUCACACAAAGCGAUUCCGCUCAGGACAGCAUUCGUGUGUUCAUGGAAGAUGGAUGUUGGUCUUUCGUUGGCAGACUUGGAGGCGUACAAAACCUCUCACUUGGCGAAGGCUGUGACUCGAUCGGAACCGCUGCCCACGAGCUGGGUCAUGCCCUUGGAUUCUUCCACACGCACUCGCGACAUGAUCGCGAUCGGUUCAUCACAGUUGACAAAGAAAAUAUCAAGCCUGACUGGCUAGACCAAUUCACACUGGAGACGCCGGCAACCAAUAACAAUUAUGAUUUGACAUAUGACUACGGUAGCCUGAUGCACUACGGAGCCACAAGCGCUACCAGAAACAAGCUGCCUACCAUGGUGCCAAAGGACGUGCAAUAUACACAGACCUUGGGAUCUCCUUUCAUUUCGUUCUACGAUCUUCUCAUGCUUAACACACACUACAACUGCACUGACGCUUGCAAAGGUAAAUACACGCGGUGCCAGAAUCAUGGAUUCGCUCAUCCUCGUGAUUGUUCCAGAUGUAUAUGUCCUAGCGGAUACGGUGGCCAGUUCUGCGAGAAGAAGCCACAAGAUUGCGGUCGCGAAUUGUAUGCGACCAAAGAUUGGACACCGCUCGUCGACGACCUAGGCAAUCGGGCAGCCGGCGGUUUGCCGCGUGAGGACUUUAUGAAAUGCCACUACUGGAUCAAGGCCCCAUUCGGUAAAACGGUGCAAGUGAAAUUCGUAAACUUCACUGAUGGAAUUGCCGUCGAUGGAUGCACGUAUGCUGGAGUUGAAAUCAAAACACAUGAAGACCAACGUCGCACGGGUUACAGAUUCUGCUCAAAAGACGACGCAAACACCAUACUCAAUUCGACCUUGAGCACUGUUCCUAUAAUAACCUACAACCGAAUCUACGCCACUGUCACGAAGUUGGAGUACCGCGCAGUUUAG